UGCAUUCGUUAGGUAUAGUCGUAUGACCCGGCAUAUUUUCGGAUUACGAGUCUUAAGUGCAUCUCUUUGAACGACUUUGUUAUUUUUAUUAUUACUAUCACUGUUAUUAUUAUCGUUGAGAUGGAGAAUAUGUUGGGCUAGCCGAAGACGACGCUGUAUGAUACUAAAUAUGAGGAGGGCGUCGUACUCUGACAGAGUAGGGAAGGUGGUCCAUCGCCAGGCGAUAUUCUGGACGGUGGUGGUCAUGACUCCCGGUAGACGAGGACUUGCACUCCAGAAGGAUUGACACAGAUCUUAGGCUACACAGAUCGAGAAUCACCAAUUGUUUCUCAAUAAAUGGAUAGUUAUUCAAACAUCUCGGAACAUGAAGUUGAACAAUUGAUUAAUUAUGAAGAACUAUUACCAUUAAUUGAAACAGCAUUUGGUAAAUUGUCAAUGGGGGAUGACGGGGGCGUGGUUCAACCGGUUAGAAGUUUGUUGCCGGUCCAGGAAUACAAUGGCUGGGGUAUUAUUAUGCCUUGUUACUAUGAUGGCUGUAUGACUACAAAGGUCUUCACCAACUUUCGAAAAGAAGGCUUACAAUCCCGGCGGGCAAUGAUCCUGCUGUACCUUCCACCAGACGGGGCUAUGAAAGCUCUGAUAGCGGGUGAGACCAUUACGUUGUUCAGGACUGCUGCUAUGUCUGCGGUUGCAACAAAGGUUAGUAUGGUGAUAAAAUAUAAUAUUAAUUUAUUAUAAUAAAUAUUCUAUAGA